AUGGAUGACACAGAGCGACGAAGCGCAAAGAGGUCGCGUUUCGACCAGACAGAACCGGAGCCCCGAAGAUCGAGGUUCGACCGCCGUUCUCGUUCUCCCCCGGCUCAAAAGCCCGAAUCUGGCCGGGAGCGCAGUCCUCUUUCUGGCAGUGGACGCCAUGACACCCCAGACUCGGCAAAAUCCCCAGUCGACCCAGCGGCGGCGGCGGCGGCGGCUGCCGCAAAGAUCAAUGCCCAGCUCCAGGCUCGAAAGGGCAUCCAACAUGUCGAUGUCCCUCCAAUCCGCUCUUCCGAGUCACCUGCGGGCAAAUCCGGCGGAGCUAACCCGACAGCCAACAUCAACGGCGAGAUGUACAUAGCAGACGGCGAUUACAUCAAGGAUAUCGAAGUGAACGAUCUUCGCAACCGCUAUCUCUUGACAAAGGGCUCUACACAGAAGAUGAUCAAAGAUGAAACUGGUGCCGAUGUCACGACCCGCGGCAGCUACUAUCCUGACAAGAGCAUGGCGACACCUGCGAACCCUCCUUUAUACCUUCAUGUGACGAGCACGAGCAAGGAAGGACUGGAAAAAGCAGUCGAGAAGAUCGAGGAGAUGAUGAAGCAGGAGUUGCCCCAGCUUGUCGAUGAGCGACGAUUCCGACGUCGAGAGCAGGAGACAGUCGAGCGAGACGAGUUUGGACGGCGCAAAUGGCCCGAGGAAAAGAUCCCGAUCACUCUCGAGCCUGUGCACGGCUUCAAUCUGCGUGCGCAAGUCGUCGGACACGGUGGCGCCUAUGUCAAGCACAUCCAGCAGGAGACUGGUUGUCGUGUGCAGAUCAAAGGUCGUGGCUCGGGCUACCUGGAAGCUUCCACAGGCCGUGAGACCGAUGAGGACAUGUUCUUGCAUGUUGCGGGACCGGAUCCAAAGAUGGUCGAGAAGGCAAAGGAGCUGUGCGAGGACCUGCUCGAGAAUGUCAAAGAGCAGUACGAGCAGUUUAAGAGCAGGCCGCCUCGUAACUACGAGCGCUCUGGGCAGUACGGUGAUCGGUAUGGCGAUCGGUACGGCGAUCGGUACGGUGACCGACAUGGGAGCCACUCUGGCUCGUACCAGGGAUACGGUAACCAGAACCAAGGAAGCUACAACUCACCUGCACCGGGCGGUGGUAGUUCUGCAUCGCCCCCUCCAGCGGCACCGGGAGCCGCCGCCGCCAGUGACUAUGCUGCUCAGUAUGCUCAGUACUAUGGAUCCGAUCCGUACGCCCCUUACGGCGGGUAUGCAGCAUACGUACAGUACUAUCAGCAGUACUACAGCGCCGCGCAGGCUCAGCAGCAGCAGGGCUCUCCCCCGCCUCCAGGCACUUCAAGCACCUCGCCGCCGCCGCCGCCCCCAAGUGAAGCCGCUCCUCCACCGCCGCCGCCGCCCAGCGCUGCUCCGCCACCACCUCCCCCUUCGAGUAGCGGUGGCUAUAACUCUGUAUGA